GAAGAAUUAACGAGACUUGUUCUUUUCCUUUUGCCGUCAUGUCUGACAAACCGGUCUCCGUCGUUCCUCUGCUUUCUCGCGCCCUUCAUCGCAUUCGCUCGACUCCGCCCCGAAUUAUCGCCUCGCCGCCGACUCAACCACGUCGCGCCGCAGUCGCCAUUGUCAUUCGCGUCGUUCCUGCACCAAACUACAGUGCUCCGACGACCUCCACCGCGCCUCCCCAACUAUCUGAAUUCUUUCAGCUAGACUGGGUAAAUGACCCCAACGCCCAACCAGAAAUUCUCUUCCUACGACGAGACAAUCCUGUGAAUGACGACGGAACCGUGCCUCCCAAGGAGGCUCAUGUCGCGUUCCCUGGUGGUAGAACAGAGCCAGAUGAUGAGGGUGGUGCUUAUACUGCCCUUCGCCAAACAUGGGAAGAGAUAGGUAUAGAUCUUGCAGAACGCGACUAUAUCUGCAUUGGCCAAUUGGAUGACCGUGAAAUUACGACCUCGCUCGGAAAACGGCUGCUAAUGAUUCUUUCUCCUUUCGUCUUUCUUCAAGUUUCCCCCCAUUCCCCCACUCCAGACCCUGCCCCGUCUACCACCCUCCACUGGAUACCCUUGGCAUCUCUCGUUUCUGCUCAUCCUCCGCCCAAGUGGUCCACUGUCACUGUCGAUGCUGCUUCUCGUCUCGCCCCCAAGCAUUCAAAAGCACUCCGCCUCCUUGUUCGUGUCUUAAUUGGCAGCAUGGAGUUUCCAGCAAUCGUCUUGGGCCAGGCAUCGUCGCCCCAUCCUCCUCAUAUUCUCAAACUUUGGGGACUCUCUCUCGGUAUGACGCUUGAUUUGAUGUCAUACAUGAUUCUCCCCACUCCUUCCUCAAAGAGCAUUCACGACCCCGAAAUAAAUGUUGAGAAAGGUCGCUCUUCUCCACUCUCCCCUGUCAUGUACCUGCCUUACCAAAGCGAUGUCCCCGGUAUGCGCAUGGAAGUUGUUGCUCCAAGUCUAGCCAGUGUGUUCCCCCGAUUCUCGUAUCCUGACGUUAAUUUCUGGAUUUGGCUAUUUGGUAAACGUUAUCGUGAAGUUAUCCGUGGAUGGGAGGAUAGUGUGCGAUCCGGCAACAACAAUGACAGGAGAAUAAAUUGGUCGGGUUCUGCGUUGAGCACGUUCUAUGCCGCUAUCAGAAAGGCAUUGGUCAUUGUUAUCGUCGCUCGGGCUCUUGGUAUCAUCUUCGGCUUGGCUUUUGCUGGUUGGUGGAUAUUCACAUCCUAGACACCUGCCAUUUUUUUUUCCUUUUGUUAUUCGGUAUGGAAGUAAAUAAGUGUAGGUUUAACCGGCCACUGAGUGACUCUUUUUAACUUAAACCGAGAUUGGACCGGGGGUAUAAUACCACACCAGAAAUGUAAUUACCAGCUAUGUUAUGAACGGAAACACGGAUGCUAAAGACUCUUUGUAGAAUAAGAACA